GAGCUCUCAAAACUUCCUCUCUUGCGUGUGGCUCGCUCACUCCACGGCUGCUCUGGAUGAACGAACGUCAGUCAGUCAGCGAUGUGAUUGACCCGAGGCAUCGCAGGGUAGACGGAUGGAUCUGCGUGAGCAGCAAAUGUAUCCCGACUUCCUUUCUUUUCUUCGUUGCCUGUUUGUUUCCGAAUAACGUGCGUUUUUGUUUGGGAGAAGUGAAACGCCCUCCUGUGUGGAUUUACAUCGAAUUAAAACCCCUGGAACAAAUUUGGAUGGUUUGGACCGCUGGGAUAAUGGCUACGUUGCGCGUCCUGUGCGUUAUCGUGGUUACUGCCCUACUCUGGUCGAGAAGCAGUGGUCAGUAUUCCAGCGACCAAUGCAACUGGAAGGGAAGUGGUCUGACCCAUGAGGCUCAUGCGCGUGACGUGGAGCAGGUCUACCUGCGCUGCUCCUCGGGCACCCUGGAGUGGCUCUACCCCACCGGCGCCCUGGUGGUCAACCUCCGCCCCAACCUGCCCUCCUCUUCAUCCUCCUCUCCUUCAUCCUCCUCCUCCUCUCCAUCCCCCUCUUCGUCGUCCUCCUCGUCCACCUCGUCCCAACCCUCUGCUUCUCGUACGUCUUCUCCAUCUUCCUCUUCCUCCUCCUCCAAACCCUCUUCAGCCUCCACCUCCACCUCCUCCAGGCGGCUGGUGUGCCUGAAGUCCCAGCCAGACUCCCGGGGCUCCACGGUGUACCUGGAGAAGGGAGGAGGAGACCUGGAGCCCCUCCUGGAGGAGGAGGAGGUGCAGUCACGUGGGGAGGUGCGAUGUUUCAGGCUGGGUGAUGGAGCUCUGUUUGUGGAGGCGCUACCCCAUAGUGACAUUGGACGGCGCACCACCUCUUUCAUGUAUCAGAUCAUGGAGGAAGAGGAGGAGAAGGAGGAGGAGAGGAGAGAUGGAACAGAUAAAAGUCUUUGUCAGCCCUGCACUGAUGAACAAGUCCUGAUGGCGGUGUGCACAAGUGACUUUGCCGGCCGUGGCAGUAUCUCCUCCCCCAGGCAUCAGGAGAAGCAGGAGUCCAGGACCAUGAAGAUCGUCAGGGAUUUGCCGGGGAAGUCCAACAUGAUGAAACGCGAUUGGCUGGACGUCUCCCUGUCCCGCGUCUACCGCCAGAAGACCACCGGCGAUUGGAGGGGUGGGGUUGGCCACGUCCUGGCCCCGCCCCACUGCCACAAGAGGCUAUUGGACGCCAGCCCCAAGGUCCGCGGCGACUUCCUGUUGACGGGGUCGCUGCGAUUGGGCGAGGUGUGGCUCGGGUGUUCUGUGCGCUACCGACACUUCCUAGAGACGUAUCGGGAGGCCCAGUCGAAAGGCACCAACCCGUGCACCAUCAACGUAGACUGAAGCCCAGUGCAAAUGCACCAACCCUUGCACCAGAGACCCACAGUCAAACACUUUCAAUAUGGUAGACCAAGAUAGGUCGUUAUUGGCGUAAUUUUCCUAUUAGACCACAUUCAUUCUCCUAGUCUCCCUAAAGGGAUAUGGCUGCCAUUGUCCAAAGGCCUCAGCCCUUCCACCAUCAAUAUAGCCUUAAGCCCACAAUCAAACAGUGUCAAUAUGGUAGA